AUGAACUUGAAAUCUAUUGUCGUCCUCCUUACUGCUGUUGCCGCCCCUGCAGUUGCAGGUCCCCUUGGGUAUGCCAUCUGUCAGACAGGAUGCAAUAGUCUCGCUGUCGCUUGUUAUGGGGCUGCCGGAUUUACAAUGGGAGUGGCCCUCCCUGCAGUGCCUGCUGUUCUCGUUUCAUGUAAUGUAGGCCUGGGAACAUGUAUGGCGGCUUGUGCCGUAGUCGCGCUUUCACCCACUCUCUGA